GGCAUGGCGGCGGCGGCGGCGCGGGGGGCCGCGCUCCCGCAGCAGCGGGCAGAUACAGAAUAUAUUUUGGAGCCUCUCUCUCUGCCAGAAAGUCCAGGUGGUGGUGCUGCUGUAGAAAGUUUCCCCUAUGUGCCUUGCAUUUUCUGCAAAGAAUGCUACCUCUUAGCAGAACAAAACCAACUCCUAAAGCACAUGAUUAUUGAACACAAACUUGUCAUAGCAGAUGUGAAACUGGUUGCAGAUUUUCAAAGAUACAUCUUGUAUUGGAAGAGGAGGUUCACAGAGCAGCCCAUCACAGAUUUUUGUAGUGUGAUAAGAACAAAUUCAGAAGCUCCAUUAGAAGAACAGGACAAUUAUUUUCUUCUAUGUGAUGUUUUACCAGAAGACAGAUUACUUAGAGAACAGCUUCAACGAAAGAGACUGAAGGAAAUUCUAGAACAGCAACAGCAGGAGAGAUAUGACACAAGUUUUCAUAGCAUGUGUAUGUUUUGUGAUCAAGAAUUCACAGGAAAUAGAUCUGUCCUUCUCAAUCAUAUGGCAAGAGAGCAUGCUUUUAACAUUGGGCUGCCAGAUAACAUUGUGAAUUGUUAUGAAUUUUUGGCUGUAUUACAGAAUAAGCUUGACAAUUUGCAGUGUUUAUACUGUGAAAAAGUCUUCAGAGACAAAAGCACACUUAAAGAUCAUAUGAGAAAGAAGCAGCAUCGCAGAAUCAAUGCUAAAAACAAAGAAUAUGACAGAUUUUAUAUUAUUAAUUACUUGGAAUUUGGAAAGUCCUGGGAGGAAGUACAGUCAGAGGAUGAUCGGGAAUUGCUAGAUAACCUAGAAGAAGACUGGUCUGACUGGGAAGAGCAUCCCAUGUGUGCAGUUUGCCUGUUCUGUGAACAGCAAGCAGAUACCACAGAAAAACUGUAUUUUCACAUGCAGAAAUCACAUGGAUUUGACUUUCUUAAAAUAAAGUCCGAGCAUGGGCUGAAUUUUUAUCAGCAAGUAAAACUAGUGAAUUUCAUCAGAAGAGAGAUCCAUCAUUGUCGUUGUUACAAUUGCCAGAAGAAAUUUCAAUCUAAAACAGAAUUGAUAAGUCAUAUGGAAGAGACCAAACAUGUUACAUUCCUGCCAGACAGGUCUACAUGGGAUCAACCACAGUAUUAUUUUCCAACCUAUGAAAAUGAUACACUCCUGUGCACACUGUCAGACAGUGAAGAUCUGAUAGCUGAGGACCCUAGUGAAGAUAUCCCUGUUGAAAAAAUGAGGGACCUAUAAAAGGACCCUUAAUCUCCCAUGCAGAUUUAGGACCUUGCAAAGGCAGUGGAAGCUAGUAAGAACUGCUAAAUGUCAUCAGUAUGCUCUGCUUAUGAGAUAAAAGGCAAGAACAUAUUUUCUCCAUGUAUAUGGGAUGAUCCAAGUGAAAAGCAGUAGUUAUGGUGUGUCACAAAAGGACUUCUGUAAAUCAAUAAUGAUAAAUUACCUACUAAGCAAAUGGACAUAAUGUUAUUUGACCACAAUGUAAACAGAUGACUGUGGUGUCAUCUGCUGUGCAGGCUGUGAAUUAAUGUUCUGGCAGCUACAAAAUAGUAAAGGAAAUUUGAUUUUUUUCUAAUUUUAAAGAACCAGUUACUAUUUCUUCCUUAAAAUUACAGAGCUUUUAUGUCUGCCUGUGAGAAGUCUGUCUCUGUCUGAUCUUUUUGUUCAGGUGUUUAGAGUGGUCACUGCUUGCUAUUCUAUUUUGUAGCAUAUUUAACUGCUUGGCCUAUUGAAUUUAGAUAGCAAUUGAAACAGGCUCUGCUUAGUCACAUGGUGAUAAGGGAGCCAUCUGUUUAAAAAGUGGUCCAAUAAAUCUCAUUUUCAGUCAUUGA